AUGGCCAGAGGUCAGCAGAAAAUCCAGUCUCAAGCAAAGGCUGCAGAAAAGAUGUCUAAACUUAAAAAACAACAAGGCCAUAGUGCUACAGAUCAAAAGAAAGCUGCACAAAAAGCCUUAGUGCAUGUUUGUGUCGUCUGUAAGGCGCAGAUGCCAGACCCGAAGACCUACAAGCAGCAUUUUGAAAAUAAACACCCAAAAAAUGAUUUACCAGAAGAUUUAAAGGCAUUG